ACGAGAGAGCGAUAACAGCCAACAAAAAGCAACAAUAUCGCCAGACCAGAGCAUACCGUUUGAUGUAGCUUUCCUUUUGGGGGAUUCGACUGGCACCGGCAUCAGCAGGCAGAGUGAGCGAAAGAGUCUCGCGCAAUGAAUGGGAAAACAGAGACCAUCGCAGCAUCCUCCCAGGAAGCAUUGCGAGGGGAUGGAAAACGCUUACCGUCCCUCGCCGGCGUCCCGCUUUUCACCGCGCUUUUCCGCGCGCACGAUGUACAUAAACGACCAAUAAGGGAGGAGUUAGCUUAGGGCUUACAAGUGGCAAAGUUAACAAAUGUGGACUUUCGACAUCAAGAGAGGACGAAUCAUAGAUUUCCGAUUGCAUGAAUUUUCGCCCCGAUCGUCAGUCGCUGUCAGCGAGAAUACACAGGCGGCCGUCAGGCAGCAGCACCAGCAUAGCAGUGUGACGAGGCUUCGGUGUCGAAAGAUUGGCAGUUGUGUCAACGGAACUGGCGAAGGUGCUGUCUGGUACGGCGUGGUCGAUUUGACGGAGUGAUUUCUAGUAGCAGCGCGAGCGACCGUCGCCGAAGGUGUUGAUGGAGCCACUGGCAUCCAUACCGUCGGCUUAAUGCAGUGUAUUGUUGAUGAGCAGGAGUGAUUGGUUCUUGGGAAGCCUUCACGGAGUACAAGUGAAAAAGUGCUGAAUAGCUGACUGUUUCUUGGUGAAUGACGCUCGACGGUAGAAAUACGUACAUCGAAAAAAACAAUCGCUUGAGGUCGUCCUCUUUGUUGUACGGAGGUAUGCGACUGCACUUUUUGCAUUGUAUGCUGCGUGAGUGCAUUCGUUGGAAUGUGAGUGGUACAUACGAGUCGGAAGUUAAUUAGAUUGCGAGCAUAGUGCUGCGUGUUCCCGUACCGCUUGUAGCUUAUGAGGUGCGUUUACUGGACAACAUCAGGGCUUUGUGGUGUGAUUCCAUAGACUCGGACAGUUUUUAUUUUAGUUAGAGUGUUUUUUUAGAAGCAGAAUAAGGGAAAAAAAUCAAAUCAGUGCAAUCAGCGAAUGUGUGACUGUAGACAGUGGGAAGUAUUGUCGAUUGACGCGGGUUCUAUCGUCAGACUCGUCAGUAUGGAUUAAUAGACAUUUAGCGAAUAGUUGCGCAGCGGAGUUGCAUAUUCCUUCGAUGUUCUCAUGUUGAUACCGAACAAACGCGAGCGAGACUAGUCUAAUCAUCAACGUCAAGAGUCAAUGGAAUGGUAAUAGCAGCACAUCAAGCCGGACAGAGUGUGUGUGCAAUUGAUUUUGAAUGUUUCGGUUCAGCAAGAAAAACGAUAACAUGGACAGCUCGACGGUACUGCAGGAUAAUAAGAGUGGAUUCAGCAAAUGUUCCAUCGCAGAUUUCUACGAUAAGCUUGAUAAGGAUGAAGGAGGUCGUACGUUCGGCAUCGAAGAUGCAGCCCACGGAGGAUUAUCACGCAUCGAGAAUGGAAUGUCCGGCAAAGGAGAACAUCGCGGAUCGCCUAUUUCGUGUUACUCACCCCAGAACCGAUUGUUGCCGUGGCCUCCGCAGCAUGCCAACGAAAGUCCGAGCUCCUCGGCCAGGAAGGCUCAGAAUCUCGGUCUGAUUUGUGUUGUAUGCGGAGACACGAGCUCGGGGAAGCACUACGGCAUAUUGGCAUGCAAUGGGUGCUCGGGCUUCUUCAAGCGCAGCGUCCGGCGGAAAUUGAUCUACCGGAAGGAGGAGGAGAGAGCAAGAGAGGGAGACAGAGAGAAGGGCUUUGCUAACAAGACAUCGCCGCAUGGCAUUUGGCUGUACGUGCGCGAGGUGUUUGCGGGUUGUAUGAGCAAUCAUGUCAAAAGAUCGGUGUCCCGGACGGGCUGGAGGUGCAUCCCUGUGCAAAACGAGCGUCAACCGCGAAAUACGGCAACAAUCCGACCGGAAGCGCUGCGGGAUAUGGAGCAGGGUCGGGCCUUGCGAGAAGCGGCCGUAGCCGUCGGAGUAUUUGGGCCUCCAGUUUCAUUGGCGUUACUGUCACCGUCCCGCUACGGUCCCAGCAUUCUGCCAACACCCGCCUUACCGACUAGUCAAUUUCUGCACCAUCACAGCCAGGUGUCCUCGCUGGUAAAUAGUCUACCGCAUCACCAUCCCCACCAUCCGCACCAUGCCACCAUGCACGGCCUAGCCAACGGUCUGUCGAUGAAUCUGAACGGUGUCGGUAUGCCGGGACACAAUGGCACGUCCGGCUUGGUGCAUUCGGCUGGAAAUAGCUCCGAUCGGCACCGAGACACCGCAGUUCCUAUGAACAGUAGCAGCGGCGAUAGCAACAACAACAAGAACCCUUCGUCUGGCUCGACCGAGAACCUCAACACGGCAUCGUCCUCGAACCACUCGAUGGCCGGUGAUCAGUCGCCGAGUGGGGCAGGAUCACCAGCGCACGGGACAUCGGUGAAUGGACUCGGGACGGGUGGUUGCCCAACCGGUGGUUCGAGCACGGGAGCCGAGAAGCAUCCCCAUCACAGCUCGUCUUCCUGUGGAUCGGCUAGUCCUAUUCUGGAGCAGGACAACAUGAACGAUAACGAUGGUAAGUGUUUAGGGGAAGGAUUGUCUCGUGUGGCUAUGAGCUCAAUUUAUUUGAUGGAACUUUUAUCGCUUCCCAUCACAAUCGAGAGUUGCACAAUCAACCUUUAUUCCUGGACGACAUCUCCGGAGCUCGGGAGAAAGUCAUAAAAUGAUAUAAUCAUAAUUUAAUCGAUUACUUUGUUGAUCACAGACUGUUACUCAGGGACAUUUCGUACCCAGACUCAGACGAGAGGUACAAUUUUGGGUAAAAUUAAUUUGGCUAAUGAGAAGGAUGAGACCACACUGUGGAACCAACCUCGGAUACCAUGAGGUGCCAAAGAGUUAUUCCAGAGGGCAUAAAAUAACUAUUUGUCACUUUCUCGGGGUGGUUUAAUAUCGCAUAAAUAAUUGUCCCUCGUUUGGCAUUUGUGCAGAAUGGUCAGGAAGGUAGGGCUUAUAGUUUCAUAAGAGUCCAGCAUCAGGGUCGAGCAACCCCUUGCUAACAAAAGGGUAAACGAGGCAUGUGUAGUUCAGAUGGACGUUUAGGAAGUUCGUAAGGGAUAAAGGGAGGAGCUGGUAAAUCAUUAUGCUGUUAUGCUAAAUGAUUUCGUCGUCUGGAAAAGGGAGAGUGGAGGAUUAUGCAUAGCAAAUGUUGUUUUGCCUUGAUUUGUCCGAGUGCAUUUGACAAUUAUGAUGAAAGUUAGUGUCAUAUCCCUAAAGAAUUUGAAAUACCUUGAAAGUAGAGAGAGGAAGCUUGCUCUAAAAACAUUGUUUUUAUAUCUCAGGCAAAAGAUUUAGAGCUUUUAGUAGUGAUGAUAAUUUUUCAACCGUGUUAUUCAGACUGGAUCUCUGAGCCCUCAUUCGCCUCAGUGAUGAGGAAUGAUCUAUGAAUGUAGCUGCUUAUUUUUUCAAUUUUCCCAUUAGCCAACAAGAAGCAUUUCGUUUGAAAAUUCUCCCCUGCUGGGAUCGAAGGCGAGAAAAUACCUCUGCCUUGUGCCGGAAACUUCAAAACUUAAACUUUGAUGGCUUAUUUAUAACAAUUUUAAAACAAUUAUUGUCGUUGUUCUCUAUUCAUUCUAUAAUUGAUGGUUUUACCCGGUUCGUGCCGUUGUUCCCUGAGUCAUUCAAUUAAUCAAUCACCUUCCAUUUUUUGCGUCAAAAGUUUAAAAUCUCAAAUGUGCAAUUUCAACUCUCUAAAGGCUUAUUAAUAGCAGCAUCCGUAAAAACCCUCUUUGGUCGAAAGUAUGAUCCAUUACAUCCUGCGCCACUCUUCAGGGAGUGGCAAAUGAAUAAAAAACUGAAUCCCUCUUUUAUUCGAACAGCUCCGAAAAAGGCACGAACUCAGUUAAAAAGCAACAGGAGACGCCAGACCCGUGCAAUUUUAUCAUCGUUGAACUCGACUUGAAUUACCCUCACGUAGAACUGAUGCUGAAACGUGUUUGACGAUGUUUAUGUUGAAACCUUCAUUUUUGCAAAAUAAGCGGACAAAGGUAGUGGGAUUUGGGUAAAGUAAUAAAAAACAACAUCAUGAAUGACAAGUUUAUCAUAUUAUACAAAUCGUUUAUCGAUUAUUUUAAUAAAACUGCUCAACCAAAGCAAAUAAAAACAACAUGCUGCUAUAUAAUGUUUAAAACAAUAUAAAAGUUACUGUAAAGUGAAAAGGCUCCGUAACAGAAAAUGUGAUAUUUCUUAUGAAGAGAUCAAAUAUAUUUUUGUGCUAAAACCUA